AUGCAACAAGUUCAAAGAGUGAGAAUUACAGAGCUGAUGGUGGAAGACUCCCAUUCUACGAGCAAUUCAUUGCAACCACCGUCCAAAAAGCUCUCUGAUUGGUUGAAACAAGAUAUUCCGAUCAUUAUUGAAGGACUUGGUCAUUCCAUGAAAUGCAUGAGUUGGACUGUGAAUGAACUGAAGCAAUCCUAUUCUCACAUUCCAUUUCAAAUUACAAAAACCACUCAAGAUCAUAUAUCAGGAGCUGGUACACUUAAAACCAUGACCAUUCCUCAACUAUUACAUAAAAUCGACCAAUUAAAACUCACCAACAACCAUUCAACAAGAUAUUAUCUUUCGGGAUCCAAUUUAAUUUCAAAAAGGAGAAAGGAUGAAAUUCAAACACAUUCCGAAAAUGAAAGAACAACGUCAUAUGAAACAUCUUUUCAUACAAAUGAUCAUCAGCAAUUACUUGAUGUCACAAUGUCCGAUCAAGAAAAAUUAGAAUUGGAACAAUUACAAAAUGAUUGUCAAGAUUUUACACAAUUCAUCAUGAAAGAAUUGACACAUCACGAAGAAUUGUCAUAUCUUGGGAUUUGGCUUGUCCAUGAUCAACAAAAAACCUGGCUUCAUUUCGACUGUGCUCACAAUCUCAUGCUACAAAUUUGUGGCAAAAAAACCUUUUUAUUAGCAUCUCCAACUCACUACCUCAAUCUCUAUCCCUACACAUUUAAAUCCUGCAAAGGGCAAGAUAUGAAAGGAGAAAUUUAUCGAUUUUCAGAAGUGAAUGCUUGGGAAUCUCAACUCGAUCAGUAUCCUAAAAGCUCUCGAGUUCAAUUUUUAGAAGCUCAGCUUGAGAGAGGUGAUGGCUUACUUGUGCCAUUGGGUUGGUGA